AUGGAAGACAUUCAGCACAAGUCUGAAAGGCACAUGAUGGACUAUACAUUGCGAAGGGCAGUAACAGAAGGCAAUGUACAGCGAUUUAAUGAACUUUUGCAAGAUGAAAACCAGCCACCUCCAAGGACAUCCAGGCUUCUCCAAGGAGUGACAUCUGAUUGGGACGGAGUGCUCCAUAUUGCAGCAAGACUAGAGCAUGUUGAACUAGUGCGUGCCAUUUCCGAUGGAUGGGCCAUGUUAGUGGAUGUAGCAGCCAAGAACAGGAGAGGGGAGACUCCCUUGCACUGUGCGGCUGCCACCGAGGAACCCGAGAUGAUCAAUCUUCUCAUACUGAUGUCUGGAAGCCAUGAGAAGCAAAUGGAACUUGUCAGUGAAAGAAAGUGCAACGGGGAAACAUGUUUACACGACGCUGUUCGGCGGGGGAACAGACAAGUUGCGAGUAGAUUGAUCGCGGCAGAUGUCAGCGUGCAAUACAUUAGGGACAGACACAGAUGCCGUGCUCUAGUGCAAAUAGAGGAUAACGAAGGUGUUUCUCCUCUAUAUUUGGCUACAACUCUAGGCAACCUUGAAAUGGUUCAGCUCCUCACUGAAAGGCCACAAGAUCACAGGUAUGCAGCAUCCUGUGCUGGGCCUGAAAAGAAGACAGCUCUGCAUGCUGCAGUUCUUCUUCGAUACCGCAGCACAGAGCUCAGUCAACAUCUCGUGGUGUGGAAUCCUAACCUCAUAAAGAAGACUGAUCUAUAUGGGAACACGCCACUUCACCUUUUGGCAUCAAGCUGGACUACCAGGCAGCCAGCUACUGCAAAACUUCUGUUGGAUAGGGACGCAAGCGCUGGAUACCUCUGGGAUGCCGAGGGAGCACUACCCAUACAUGUCGCAGCUGCUAAUGGAUGUCUUGACAUGAUCAAGCUGUUGCUAGAGCAUUGUCCCGAUUGCUAUUGGCCAUGCAGUAACUUUGGCCAGACCAUCCUCCACAUUGCUGUCCAGCAAAAAAAUUACAAUGUAGUAAGGUAUGUAUGCUCAGGGCAAAGGUUCCUAGGAAUUCUUAACACCAGAGAUGCAGAUGGGAAUACGGCUCUUCAUUUGGCUGUAUUGAAAGGAAAUGUGUCCAUCUUCCGAGUGUUACUGGGGAUGAGGCAAAUCUUUUUGAGUCCCACAAAUAAGGAGGAGCGCACGCCUCUAGAUCUUGCAUCCUUGGGCAUCCCACCUGGCGUGUCAUUUACACAGCCCCGGCAAUGGAUUGCGAAUGACCUUGUACUUGCUAAGGCUGAAUAUGGCACUGGUCGGUGGGAUCAUUUUUCUACCAACUUCACAACAGCUGACAAGGAGAAGAAUUCCGAAGCAAUUAGCAAGUCAGCCGGGCUCAUGGCCGUCUGUGCUGUGCUUAUCGUGAACGUAGCAUUUGCGGCCCCUUUCAACGUUUCGAAAUUCUACAUCGAUUCCAGCAACGCGAGCAGCACACUUGGGAGAGCAAAGAUGCACGUGUACAAAGCGUUCAUGGUCUCGGACGCCUUAGCGUUUGUCUUCUCGGCGGCAGCGACGUCUUGCUGCACAUUGGCAGGCAUUUCUGUAGCGGACAGGAAUACACGCUUCACCCACCUUGCAGUUGGAUGGCUGUUACUCGAGCUUGCCGCGCUGUGUAUGCUCGCCGUCUUUAUGUCGGGGGUCUAUGUGGUCGCUUCUCCAGUUGGUUUCAGGUUUGCCAUCACUGCCUGUGCAUUUGCCAUUCUAGCCACUUUACCACACUUCACAAUGUCCGCCAUGCUGUUUCUUAGCGUAAGGACCUUGAUCAAAAGGGUUGGUGUCCGAACAUGGUGCCGCACCUUGCUUCCGAGCCUACGUGGAAUGAGAUUAAUAAGGAUAAUUGUUAUGUUGGUAGUCUCCGCGACUAUUAUAGGAUUAUCAUUCCUUUAA